AAGCUGAAUAUGAACACGCGUUUAAUGUGGCGCUGUAAACAGAAGCUAGGUAAAGAUUGCUUCUGAUGCUGAGGCUGAGGUGGGAAACAAGAUGGCGAGCUCACUGGGCAAGCUGAGUUUUCACAAUAAGAUUAUUCUAGCACCCAUGGUCCGUGUAGGUACUCUUCCCAUGAGGCUUUUGGCAUUGGACUAUGGAGCAGAUAUUGUCUACUGUGAGGAACUGAUUGACAUCAAAAUGGCUCAGUGUGAAAGAGUUGUGAACGAUGUGUUGGAGACAGUGGACUUUAUAGCACCAGAUGAGAGGGUGAUGUUCAGAACCUGUAGUAAAGAAAAAGAGCGAGUUGUCUUUCAGAUGGGAACAGCUGAUCCACAUAGAGCACUGACAGUGGCCAAGCUUGUUGAGAAUGAUGUUGCAGCUAUUGAUGUGAAUAUGGGCUGUCCAAAAGAAUACUCCACUAAGGGUGGGAUGGGAUCUGCGCUACUUUCUGAUCCUGACAAAAUUGAGGCUAUUCUGACCACUCUUGUGAAGGGGAUAUCAAAACCAGUGACGUGUAAAAUCCGAAUCCUUCCAACUGUGGAGGAAACAGUGAGUUUGGUGAAGAGAAUUGAAAAAACUGGAGUGGCAGCAAUAGCAGUGCAUGGCAGGAUGAAGGAUGAGAGACCACGGCAUGCAGUCCACUGUGAUUACAUUCAAGCUGUAGCAAAGAGUGUUUCUAUACCGGUCAUAGCAAAUGGUGGCUCUGUGGAUCCUGUUAAAAGUUAUGAUGAUAUUGAAAAGUUCCGCUCAGCAACAGGAGCAUCCUCUGUUAUGUUGGCCCGAGCUGCAAUGUGGAACCCAUCAAUCUUUAGCAAGCAGGGAAUGGUAUCAGUAGACGAGGCAAUGGAGGAGUAUAUGAAAUACGCUGUUUGCUAUGACAACAACACAUUCAACAGUAAAUACUGCCUGUGCCAGAUGCUGAGGGACAGAGUGGAAUCGCAAAUGGGCAAACAGCUCCAUGCUGCUCAGACCAAUGGAGAAAUCUGUGAGGUGUUAGGAAUGACUGAUUUCUUCAAGAAGACUGAUGCUGAGCUACAGGCUCGAAAAAAGGCCCUUCACACCAACAGUGACAUUUCCAACCAGCCUGUGCUGGAUGGUGAUGUCAUCACUAUGGCGGUCAAGUUUGAAAGGAGAGAAUAUCCCCCUCAGAUUACACCAAAAAUGUACUUGCUGGAAUGGAGCCGGAAUGAAAAGCUAGACCAACCAGUUUAUGAAACGGAGCAGCGCACCCAAGACAGAGCUUUCCAGUCAAUAGUUACUGUGGCAAAUAAGAAAUAUAGAUCCACCCUGUGGGAGAAGUCGAAGAAAUCUGCUGAACAAGCUGCUGCCAUUGUAUGUCUGCGCACACUCGGUUUGCCUGAGGGCCGUAUCGGAGAGGAGAACUCGGGAUUGGUAAACAAGAGAAAGAGGGAGGUGAAAAGACAGGAUACGUCAGAGGACGGUGCCGUUACGGACUCUACAAAUAGAAAAAGAUGGCUCACUGAGCCAUCAGAAGAAAACGAUCAGGAAUCAAAUGACAGUACAGUGGUAGUAAAUGGCUCCUGUGGGCAGACAUCCUGACCACAACUGACCACCACGGCUCACAAUAUGAGGAGUGUGUCUGCAGCUUAACAGCUGAAAUUCCUUUGUAUGGAUGAAGCAUAUCAUCUCUAAAGAUUAUACACUGAGACUAACGGCUUGAAGAAAUGCUUGUACUGCUUGCCUCAUCUUACCCUCCUUUUAUUGGAGCAUUCUUGUUUUUAGUGUAUUUUAAAAUUGUAUGUGUGUGUAUGGAUGGGAUAACUGUAUUGUGCAUAUUCAGACAGGGGAAAUUAAAAGGGAAAAAAAAACACUGUCUCUUGGUGCACUUUGACAUUUACAAUUCUCAGAAACUGUACUGAAUAAUUAAAAUAAAAU